AUGUUGACCUUAAUACCGCCGAAUUACAACAAGUCUAACUUGAACCUACUAGCACCAGAUGAAUACCCCCGGCCCCUGUGGUGGGCGUUGCAAUCUUCAGAUCCGACUCGGCAAUACAACGAAAACACAACUGUGGAAGACCACUUCGACAUGUCAACAAUUAAAUCUCCAAAUUCCUUCUCGCUUGCAGGAACUUUAGAUGAAAACAUCUCCCUUGGAUUAGCUUCACAGAGCUUCAAACCUAUCUGGAUGUCUACAUGGGACUCGUGGUGGAGCACACGAGGCUGGACAGACUUCAAGUUACCAUCCAUGAACGCAAAGUUCGACGAUAAAUCUGCCAACCUCACUUUGGAGGGGAAAUUCGUGGCAUCUCCGCUUCUGAGAGCGAAUGACACAGGGUAUAUUGGCACUCCAGAUGGCGGUGAGAUAAGUGAUGGAGAUUCGGUUCAGGGUACUAUUCGGUUCACCUUUAAAGGAGACUUGGAUUAUUAUCAUUCCGAUGUACUAGAUAUAAGCACAACUGUGCCGACGUGGCUCCGGACAGUUGGAUUUGGGAACAACUCUAUGAAUGUUGGUUAUACCUCUGGCGGUCAGGGUAGGCCAGAAGCAGGAGCUGCUGCUAUGAUCGCUAUGCUGUUUGCUAUCUUUGAAACAUUCAUGUGA